GAGAGUGCAAAGCUGGGCUCUCACGCCAGGCGGGUACGAUUCGUGCUCAGUUAACGAUUAUUCAUUGUCACAACAGCGCGCAGCGAACUGCACUAAAAAACUGCAGCUAGAAAGGCAAGCAACAGCACAGGGCCUGCUCACCUUAGUGCAGCAUAGUGCAGCAAGCGCACGGCUGCGCCAGACCUGCUCACAACAAGCACAACAAGCACAACAAGCAUACCACAGCACCGGAAUAUGUCAGCCCGCACCGCCGCCUUCAAAGCCGUCGUCGACGCGCUGAAGGCCCGAGGCAAGACGACCACCGUCGUCGAGAGCACGGCGGGCGGCCUCAUCAGCAGCUCGAUCAUGGCCGUCGAGGGCUCGUCCGCCGUCUACCAGGGCGGCUCCGUGGCGUAUAGUACGCAGAAGUGCAAGCCUGUCCUGCUGAAUGACGCCGAGCUGCACGCGUCGCUCCUGAACGCCUCGGCGGCGGACGCCGCGUCGUACAAGGCGUCGAAGCGCGACUGGACGGCGAAGACGGCCGUCGCAUACUGCGAGGCCAUGGGGACGGACUACGCCGUCGCCGAGGGCGGGGCUGCCGGGCCGACGUUCCGGCCGAAGGGGCUGGAUUCGGGGUUCUCGGCCAUCGCCGUCGCCGCGCGGACCCCCGACGGGAUCAAGGUCGUCCGCCAGACAUUGUGCGAGAGUCCGCACGCGCGCCGCGGCGACAACAUGGAAAGGUUCGCCACCGCCGCGGCGCGCGAGCUACUCGCCGCGGCGACGGGCGACGGCUUGGACCGCUGCGCGGGCGAGCGGGACAACGCCAAGGCCAUCGCGGCUUACGCGUCACGCUCAGACGCUAGUUAUGUCGUCUGCGACGGCGGGAAGGCGCUCUUCGAGGCCGACGGCAAGCUCGAGCGGCUGUCACGCGCCGAUGCUGCGCGCUUCGGCGACGUCGCAACGGCCACGUUCCUGGGCACGCUCGACGGCGCGCCGCUCUUCGCCGUCGACGCGACCCUCGAGACGGACGACGCCCGCUUUAGGGAUACAAGGGUACAUGGACCAUUCCUCAGCUUCAGCGAGAACCAGGUGGCCCUCGCGGCGACCGCUUUAGUGACUUGGAAGAGACGGUCAGGCUUCUGCUCCAUCUGCGGGGGCCCCUGCACGCUCGGGUCCGCGGGCCACGCGCGCACCUGCCAGACCUGUAAAGCCGUCUCGUUUCCUAAAAGCGACCCGGCGAUGAUCUGCGCCGUGUCGAACCGCGCGAACGACAAGAUCCUGCUGGCGCGGUCGCCGCGGCACCCCGAGGGCGUCAUGACCACGUUAGCUGGCUUCGUCGAGGCGGGCGAGACCUUCGAGGCCUGCGUCGCGCGCGAGGUGCUGGAGGAGACGGGGGUCCGCAUCGACGAGGGCUCCGUGCGCUACCUCAAGUCGCAGCCGUGGCCGUUUCCGCAGAGUUGCAUGGUCGCGUUCCGAGCGACGGCGGACUGCGGCCAGGAACUCGUCUUAGAUGAUGAAUUGCUCGAGGCGCGGUGGUGGGAUCGCUCCGCCGUGCGGAGGGCCUGCGGCGUGCCCGGCGCGGUCAUGUCGCCGGACGUUGCGAAGGAGGCCUUCGACAAGGACCCUUCCCUGGAGCUCCUCGUGCCGCCCAAGAAGGUCGUCGCGCGGGAGCUCAUCGAGGCCUGGCUCUCAGAAACCUAA